CAAGGCUCAGUUGACAACUUCCGGUAGUUUGCUGAUUCACAAGAAAUUGACAGAUUUUCAGCUUUGGGCUGGUAUUUUUCGAUCCAUUUUGCUAAAAGCAAAGCAGGAUGGCCGAUAGAAAGGCGGAGCUCGAGCGAAAGAAAGCUCGCCUCGAGCAAAUGAGGAGAGAAAGACAAGAAAAAGUGAGACAGAAAGCAUCACCAGCAGAGGGAGGAGAUGACACCAAAUCAAAGCCACAGAAAGAUUUACGAUCUGAGACAGAUGAUCUGCUUCGAAAUUUGGGAAUUCCAGAAGCCUCUACAGUUCAAACUGUAGUAACAAAAUCACCUUCAGGGGGAGAGGAAGUUGUUCAUACUGUCAAAACCAGCUCGAGAUCUAAAGUAAAAUUAAGUUUAUGUAAAGUAAAUGAAACCAGUAUAGCCCCAAGAGAACAAGUUUCCUAUAGUAAAGAAACACAGACAUUAAAUACAGAACCCGUUGAUAAAGAUGGAUCCCGACGUCGACCUUCUACACGUGGUCCCUGGGAUUAUUACGAUGAUCGCUCUGAGUCGGAAAGUUCACGUUUUGGCUCGUCUCAACAGGGUUCUCCGCGCUUCGGCUCUCCAAAGUUUUCGCACCCUAAUCUUGAAUGGGAUGAUGAAUUUUUUGAUGACGAUGAUGACGAUGAAGUUCUUGUUUAUGAUGAUCCUCAACGAUCAGAUGAUGAAGCUGACACAGACUCCAUGGACCAGGGCGUUGACUCUAUGCCUUCUGGAAUGCCUCAAGUUAAAAUGGUGGAUCCCGCCAAGACAGCUGAAGAUUUAGUAAAGAAAGAAGAACCACCUGUUGUUCGUGAACUAACCGAAGAGGAGAAAGAGCUGGUAUUAAAUGAUCCAGAAUUUAAUACAUUCUUGACAAAAACAAGUCGUAUUAUGGAACGUGCUCUAGCAGAGAAUUAUGAUAUACUUAUUGAUUACUCUGGUGGUGAUGGUGAAAAUAAGGAAGAUGAUCUCCUGGCAGGCGAAAGAUUAAAAUUAAAUCGUACAUUUUAUGAUGAACGCUGGUCUCGACAUAGGACUGUUACAAGUCUUGAUUGGUCAAUACAGCAUCCUGAAUUAUUGGUAGCUUCAUAUAAUGUUAAUGAAGAUGCUCCACAUGACCCUGAUGGUAUCGCCCUUAUAUGGAAUAACAAGUUUAAGAAAACAACUCCAGAAUAUGUCUUCCAUUGUCAGUCUGCAUUAAUGUCAACCUGUUUUGCUAAAUUUCAUCCUAACCUGGUGGUUGGUGGAACAUAUUCUGGCCAGAUUGUAUUGUGGGAUAAUCGUGUAAAUAAACGAACACCAAUACAAAGAACACCGCUGUCUGCUGCCGCUCAUACACAUCCAGUAUAUUGUGUAAAUGUGGUUGGAACUCAGAAUGCUCAUAAUUUAAUAAGUGUAUCUACAGAUGGUAAAAUGUGUUCCUGGAGUUUAGACAUGUUAUCACAACCGCAGGAUAGUAUGGAAUUACAACAUAAACAAAGUAAAGCUGUUGCUGUUACUAGUUUUUGUUUUCUGUCUGGUGAUGUGAAUAAUUUUGUAGUUGGAGCUGAAGAUUGUACUGUGUACACAGCUUGUAGGCACGGCAGUAAAGCUGGUAUUAAUGAAGCAUUUGAUGGUCAUCAAGGUCCUAUAACAGCUAUUGAUGCCCAUUCUGUUCCUGGACAAAUUGACUUCUCUCCUUACUUCCUUACAUCAUCCUUUGAUUGGACCAUUAAAUUAUGGAGUAUUAAGGACCAGAAGUAUAUCCAUUCGUUUGAAGAUAACAGUGACUAUGUAUAUGGUGUAGAGUGGUCUCCCAUACAUCCUGCAUUAUUUGCCAGCGUUGAUGGUAAUGGUAGACUUGAUCUCUGGCAUCUGAAUAACGAAACAGAGGUGCCAACUGCAUCAACAGUAAUUGAUGGUAAUGUAGCAUUGAACACAUGUAGAUGGCAUCAAAGUGGACAUCAUAUUAGUGUUGGAGAUGAUAUGGGAAAAAUACAUAUUUAUGAUGUCGGAGAGCAUCUUGCUAAUCCUAAGUCUGGUGAAUGGUCCAAAUUUGUUCAUACAAUACAAGAAUUGAAACAGCAUGCUGCUGAACGAGAGGACGACUCAAAUCUAGCCCUACGAUAAAUUAUCUCCCUUGCCUUAUUCGUGCAAUAUCUGUUGCUUAGUAAACUGGGUUGCGUUGUUGCAUUUGUGUUUAGUUUUUCUAACUGUUUCUUUUCUUUUUUAAAAAGAGAGUAUGUGGAGCAAGGUUUGUCAUCUGUUGUGUGAAAGUUCUUUGCAAUUUCAAUGUAUAAAAUUUAUAAAAGAACAACACAAGAAGACAUUGUCUCUCAUUCAUGGUGUAAUGGUACUUUUCUGUUUAUGAUUAUUACAGAAGAACAACAAAAGUUAUUGAUACCUAUAAAUAAGGGAGCGGUUGGGUUUGUUUGGUUGUAAGCAUACACUGCCCUUUGUAAGACCCCCAUUGAUAUUGGAUCAGUGGUUGCGAUGUGGUAGAGAAAACUAUUAGAGCAAACCUCAUGACAACAUGAUCACCUAGAUGAUAUAUUGCACCUUUAUUCCAUUUGUGAGAGUAAUUGUGUAAAACAAAUCUAAAAUAAGAGCUUCUGCACCCUCAACGAUUAGCUUUUCAAUAUUAGGGAUUAAUAUCUGAUGGCACAAUAGGAAUCGAUCAUCAGGAAAUACAGAUAUUUUAUGCUACCAAUGUAUAUGCAUCGGUUUAUGUUUUGUAUAUUAUGUUCAUCCUGCUGUAGAAUUGUUUAGUUAAUGAUAAUAGUGACUAGUCUGUAUUAUAGAAAUAAUAAUAUUAUAAAUAGUGCUAUAUUAUAUGGUUAUUGGUUGAGAUUAAAAUAUUAAUCUACAUAUUUAUUUUAUCUAUAUUGAGUUAUUUUCCGAUGUCUAUCUAGAGAUAGAGAACAACAGAAAUUUGGUAAAUCAUUUGCAUUUUAUUUCAAAUGUUAUUUUUACCAGUCAUUGGAACAAACUGUGAUUACUACUUCACCAGUCAGAAGUUUCUCAUUUUCACAUAUUAUACCCCUUUAAAAGUCAAAGUGUCUAAAAUUCCUGUUUGGGUACAGAGUUGUUAAAUUCCCAAACACAAGAUGCCUGUCAUUGACCAAUAGUGAAAGUAACAUACCAUCAAAGGGUUAUUAAUGUUAAUCAACCUGGUACCAAUUGGUUCAAAUUAUCUCACUGAUAAUAAUAAUAAUAAUCAGAACCGGGUUCCUAGAAAAAUCUUAUUUGUAUUUAAGUACAUCAACUGAUAUAUCAUCUCCUCCAUUAGUUUUAUAAUGAAUUGAAUGCAAUUUAUCUUGUGAAACGUUUACAUACAUACAUAUCUUAGGUUAAUGUAAAAAAAAAAAUAAUAACUGCCAUUUGCUGUUCUUUGUAAAGGUUUUGAUAAAAUGGAAUGAAGACAGAAAUAAUAGUUUUGUAAGAACCAGUCUCUCAUUAUGAAAAGAUUGUGUUACAGUUUAUAGAUAAUGAUAUUGACUAUUUAUAAAACACCUUUAGUUAUUUUAUUCUAUGCUUUUUUUAUGUAAAUUACUUUAAAUAAAGAUGUAUUGUAAAUAAACCGUGAAAUAUAAAUAAUAUUAAUUACAAUACAUGACUUAAUAAAAUAUCUACUUUAAAUUA